AUGAGGAAAGAGUUAAAGUUCAUCUUGUGGGGCCAUGCUGCCUUAAUAGCAUUUUUGGUUUAUUGCAGCUAUGAUUUGAUUAGUUUGCUUUUUGAUGAUUCUUUUCAAGAUGAUCUACUAGAUGUUGAGCUCAAUCCCGCUGAUGGAAGAAUUGAUAAACCGAACGUCAUACCCAAAAUUAUACAUCAAACAUACAAGGACGAGCAUAUUCCGAAGCUAUGGCAGCCCGGGCAAGAAGCUUGUGUGGAGCUACAUCCUGAUUACCAAUACAUAUUAUGGACUGACAAUUCUGCUAGAGAGUUCAUCGCAGAGGAGUACCCUUGGUUUCUCGAGACCUGGGAUUCUUAUCCAUAUCCUAUUCAACGUGCAGAUGCUAUUCGCUACUUCGCUUUAGCGCAUUAUGGCGGCAUCUACAUCGAUUUGGACGAUGGUUGCGUCCGCCGUUUAGACCCUUUGUUGACGGUUCCAGCAUUUGUGAGACAGACUGUACCAACAGGCAUCUCAAAUGAUGUGAUGGGCGCAGUACCAAAGCACCCUUUUUUCAUCAAGGUGCUAGACAAUCUCAAGAAGUAUAAGAGAAACUGGCUUGUUCCUUAUAUCACGAUAAUGUUUUCCACUGGCCCUUUAUUUCUCUCUGUCAUGCUACAGCAGUACAAACGUUAUGGUGUUCCGGAGGCCGCCAAGGUUAGAAUUUUGCUUCCGCGAGACUAUAAGACCCACGAAUUUUCCUUCUUUGCGAUAUCACCUGGAUCUCUGUGGCAUCUUGAUGAUGCUAAAUUUGUGAAGUCGUUAGCUAAUCACAUCGGGUUGGCUGUAUUUGGAGGGUUUAUCAUCGCAAGUCUCUUCUUGUUACUAGAAUGGUAUUUCUACCAAUGGUGUGUUCACACAAAUUUUACCAAAAGUCUUGAACGAUUGCAAGCUAAAGUAAGAUGGAGAAGAAUUGUUAAAAGAAGAUCAAGGAAGGACUCAAACCUCCCUGCGCAAGUUAAUAUAAGCAAGGAGCAAAAUAUAGUUUAA